GCUGGCGGGCGGAGCCGGGCCCUCGGGGCUGCUGCGGGGCGAUCGGGCCGGGCUGCGGGCGGCGCAAUGGGCUCUCGUGUCCAGCCUGGGUUCCAGCCUCGCUGAGCAGACGGCCGCACGCGCUUCCUCCCGCGGAAGCCUCCCCAGGCGCUGACCAUGUCUAUUAUGGACCACAGCCCCAGCACGGGCGUGGUCACGGUCAUCGUCAUCCUCAUUGCCAUCGCUGCGCUGGGGGCCUUGAUCCUGGGCUGCUGGUGCUACCUGCGGCUGCAGCGCAUCAGCCAGUCGGAGGACGAGGAGAGCAUCGUGGGCGAUGGCGAGACCAAGGAGCCCUUCCUGCUGGUGCAGUACUCCGCCAAGGGACCGUGCGUGGAGAGAAAGGCCAAGCUGACCCCGAGCGGCCCAGAAGUCCACGGCUGAGCUGGGAUGCGGAGGCCCUGAGGCCUGUCUGCCUCCAGCGGAGAGGCGUGGGCGGGGCGACACCACAGAUGAGCUGCUGCGGACGGCGUGACGCCUGCUGGCAUGGCCUCGCUGGGCUUUAUCACCGCAUGCACGGACUCCCGAGGUCUUGGCUAUCGUCAGUAGCCAGGAGGCGGCGGCCCUGGGUGCCCCCCUGGCCUCCCGGUGGGACUGCCCAUUGCAGGCAGUGGGCAGGCCUGACCUUGCCGGGGCUCAUGACCCCGUAGCGCUUUUGUUACUUGAAUGUUUAGCUGAGCCUGUUUUUGAUGGAGCUACUACUGUACCGCCGAACUCCCAAACAGAGCUGUAAAUAGGCCCUGGAAGCAUGUGCUUAAGCCUUUUUUGCUGAUUUUUUAAAAGACCGUGUAGAGCACAUGGGACUGACUGUAGUCAUGAUAAGCUGACUCAAGGCUGUGGGGUCGGGGGUGGGGGGCUUAGACAUGGAAGGCCCACACUGCACUUGGCAGGGGCCUCUAAUAUAGACGUGGGGGGGGGCGGGAGUGGGGGGGCAGAGGACGUGACAUGUCCAUGUUAAGUCUCGUGGCCGACCAGCUGGGGUGCUUGGAAGAUUUCUGCUUGGUUAGCAAUGGAUGCAAGAACCACGCCCCCCUCUCUUUUGGUCCUAAAUAACCAGUUCCUGUUGAGAGUGAGUUAUUGCAAGGAAGCCACCGCCACUGCUUGAAAGCCGGUGAAGGACGGGCCAGGGCCCGCGUCCCGAGGGCUGCCAGGUGGCCUGGUAGCAGAGCAGUUUCUAGAGCACGCAGAGCACUCCCCACCACUGCUGUCCGCCCUCCGCCCCCAGCCAGCAUCACUUGGCAUAGGCUUUGCUAGAAACACCAGCGCCUGUGGCUGCUACCUUUAUCGGAAACCCAGCUGGCCCAGGAAAGAGGAAAUCGUGUUUUUCGUUUGUUGUUGUAUUUAAUACUUUCUGCACUGGAGGGGCGGGGGAGGGGGCUUGGAGGGUCCCCCCUCCUCCUUCUCACACAUUAGUUUCCUUUUUCUCUGAGCAGCACCCACCUGCUGGGUAUUCGACUUCACUUUCCCCAGCGGGUCGCCUAGGAGUCUUCUGACCCUGCUCGAAGAGCUCCGAGGGAAGGAGCACCCAGGAGAGGCGCCUGGACGGCGUCCUGACAGCCCGCCCUUAGCGGAUCCCCGGGGAGGGCGCACGGCAGGGGCAGUGAGUUUCAGGUUAAGAACAGGGUCUUCAUGGUGGCUCCCAGCCAGGCCAGCACCCCCACCCUUGUGUCUUCAAGGCGUAUCUUGUGGACAUGUCAGUGAGCUGGCCGAGUUCGUUAAUCCCACCACCAGAGGCACACUCCCACUGAUGAAAGCGCGGCCUGUGUCGGCACCCUGGGUCAUAAACCAGAGGCCAGCGUGGGCUUAUCACGGAGCACUGGUCAGGCCGACGGCGGCUCCUCUGGGCUCCCCCAAGUCUCUAACGAGCAUGUUGAACUAAUCAUCUUCUUUCUGGAACCCCAAGGAGGGAGCUGAGGGAACACUUCAUCUUAGCAGCAUACCCUCAAAUUGGAGGUCAAACAUGAAGAAUUAGCUUGGGAGUUGGGAGAAGGGUAGCUGGUAGCAGUCUGGGCUGCCCCAGGGGACUACUGAGGAGCCCCAGUAAGGCAGCUGGGCUUUGGCACAGGGGAGAUGUCCCUGGCCCCUAAAACGGGGGUGGCUGAACCUAAGAAUCCAGCCAGAGACCCUCAGAGGGCCCGUGGGCCAGAGGGGGCCAGCACUUUCAAAGGUGCCCCAGGGACGAUCAGGGAGAAGGCUGGUUUUCUGAUAAAGGACCCUUGAGACCCAACAUAGAAGGUGCAGGGAUGUCUGAUUCAUUCCACUCGCAUCUCAGAACUUCCAGGCUUUCUACCUCGACUUUCGGCGGCCAGCAGCACGCACCCAGGCUGCCUUCACCUGGGGAACCCAGAACCGCCCCCCGCAGCCCCUGCCCCAGGCUGACCCUGAACGUGAUCUCUUAACUGUCAGACUUGCCCUGAGGUUUUAACCAGCACCGGUGAAGUUCUGUUUUUGACGAGACGAACCUUCACUUUCUCCCAGGUCUUGCUCCUGGAGGUUCCCUCAUCCUGCCUACACCCUGGUUGCCAGGGGCAACAUCUUUGCCAGGUCAGGGUCCCAGCGCACAGCGCCCGUGGGGGGGCACCCACUGGUGGGAGUCUUCGAGGCAAGUGGGAGUGCCUGGAGAGGCAGCGAACAGCCACACAAGAGCGCCCACUGUUCCUGUUGAUCGAUGGCUGCUUUUUUUAGCGCUGACGCCAGAGCCACACGCUCACAUGGCUUAGUGAAGUUAUGACCUCUCACUGAAUUCUUUCUGAAUGGCCCAGCUGUUGUGUUCUGGUCUUCUGACGGGUCAGUCAGGAAAUCAGCCUUUCAUCCCACAUGUCAUCACAGAAGCAACAGUCGGGGAAUGGGGAGGGAACUCUUUGACACUGAGCCACGAAAAUCCGGACUAACUUUUCAGACAGAUGUUCAAAUGGGCUGUGCUACUGUUUCGGUCUCAAAGCUACCAAGUUUGUGCAAUAAGUGGAAGGGAUGUCAUCCCUGUUCAAUAAACGCUGAAUGACAUUCAAGCUGAUUUUCUAGACCACUGAGAAAAUCUUUAUUUACAAUAAAUUUCAAUAAAAUUUGCAUAAAUAUAUUCCCAA